AUGGAGAAUAACUCGGAUCAUCUAAAUCAAAUACUACAAUUAUUCCGAGCCACACCGUUGUCUUCUGGGAAAAGUCCAGCAGAGCUGUACCUGCAUCGUCAGCUACGUAUUCGUUUAGAUGCGAUAAGACCUACUAAAGAGUUACCAUCAACUGUUCCACAAAAUGGUACGAUACGUAGUCUCAAAACUGGUGACCGAGUAACUGUUCGAGUUUACAGAAACAAUAAACCAGCAUGGGAACUAGGAUUCAUCACGCAAAAGUUGGGCUCAUUACAUUACAUUGUUAAAUUAGACAGUGGUUAUAUAUUUAAAAUACAUAUUGACCAACUCAGACUCGUGAAUGUCCCAGCUCCGAAGCCAACAAUCCAGAAGACUCCAACUCAACAACCUAUCGUACAAGAUCGUCGGACAGUUUCAUUUUCAGAUCAUGAUGUGAUAGUGUGCCAUCAUCCGGUAUCUCAAGCACCAUCAUCAACACAGGCUGCAACUGAAACUCCAACUUCACGUCCUCAAGCAUCAGCAGAAGCUGUAACUAGAACUGUACCUCCACAUCCAGUGGUCCACACUCCACGACGUUCAGGAAGACAAACCAAACGCCCUAUUAGAUUACAAUAUUAA